CCGACUGAACGGAACCAGAGAGACGGUCAGGGGAAGUCGAGGUGGCGCUCAGCCUGAUAACCCUGGAGGCUGGGCUGGUAUCCGGGGCCCGGGAUCCGGACUCUGCAGGCCAUACUGGCUGUGCAUGCAGCGGAGGACGCGCGCGGAGGCAGGAUGCUCUCAGCCGGCGAGAUCGGCGAGGCGUCGGCAGCCCCGUGCUGCUCUGAAAGUGGUGACCAAAGGGAGAACAUGGAGGAGAAAAGUGAUGUGAAUAUUGCAGCUCUUGUUGGAAGUGAGCAAGUCAGUGAAGGUAGAGAUGAUGGUGAUCUUCUUUCCUAUGUGUCUGCUUUCAUAGAAAAGGAAGUUGGAAAUGAUCUUAAAUCUUUAGAGAAACUUGAUAAACUCAUAGAACAAAUGACAGAAAGAAAAAUGCAGUUAGAAGAACAGGUACUUACAGUUUCAUCAGAAAUCCCUAAAAGAAUUCAAAAUGCUUUAAAAAAUGCAGAAGAAUCAAAGCAAAUUCUUAAUCAGUUUCUGGAACAGGAAACACAUCUCUUCAGCUCCAUUAACAGCCAUUUGCUAACUGCCCAGCCCUGGAUGGAUGAUCUUGGGGCCAUGAUCAGCCAGAUUGAGGAGACUGAGCGGCAUCUCACGUACCUUAAAUGGAUUUCACAGAUUGAAGAGCUAAGUGAUAACAUUCAGCAAUACCUGAUGACCAACAAUGUGCCAGAGGCAGCCUCUAUCCUGGUGGCUAUGACAGAACUUGACAUCAAGCUUCAGGAAUCAUCCUGCACUCAUCUUCUUGCUUUCAUGAGAGCCACAGUUAAAUUCUGGCAUAAAAUUCUCAAGGACAAGCUUACCAGUGAUUUUGAGGAAAUUUUAGCACAGCUUCAUUGGCCAUUCAUCACAUCUCCCCAGUCCCAAACUGUUGGUAUAAGCCGGCCGGCCAGUGCCCCUGAGAUAUACAGUAACCUGGAGACACUGUUUUGUCAGCUGCUGAAACUACAAACCUCAGAUGAAUUACUUACUGAGCCAAAACAGCUCCCAGAAAAAUAUUCUCUUCCUGCAUCCCCUUCAGUCAUCCUGCCCAUCCAGAUUAUGCUGACCCCUCUUCAGAAGAGAUUCAGGUACCACUUCAGAGGCAACCGGCAGACCAAUGUUUUAAGCAAGCCGGAGUGGUACUUGGCUCAGAUACUUAUGUGGAUUGGAAACCAUACUCAAUUUCUGGAUGAGAAGAUUCAGCCAAUAUUAGAUAAAGUAGGCUCUGUGGUGAAUGCAAGGCUUGAAUUUUCUCGGGGCCUUAUGAUGCUCGUUCUUGAGAAGCUGGCUUCCGAUAUUCCUUGUCUGCUCUAUGAUGAUAAUCUCUUCUGUCAUUUGGUGGAUGAGGUGUUGUUGUUUGAAAGAGAGCUGCAUAGUGUCCAUAGCUAUCCUGGCACUUUUGCUAGCUGUAUGCACAUUCUAUCAGAAGAAACCUGCUUUCAGAGAUGGUUGACUGUGGAGAGAAAGUUUGCUCUUCAAAAAAUGGACUCAAUGCUUUCAUCAGAAGCUGCCUGGGUAUCCCAAUAUAAAGACAUCACUGAUGUGGAUGAAAUGAAGGUUCCAGACUGUGCAGAAACUUUUAUGACUCUCCUUUUGGUUAUAACUGACAGGUAUAAAAAUCUCCCCACAGCUUCCCGGAAGCUGCAGUUCCUGGAGUUACAGAAGGACUUAGUAGAUGAUUUUAGGAUACGAUUAACACAGGUGAUGAAAGAAGAGACCAGAGCUUCCCUUGGCUUUCGAUACUGUGCAAUUCUUAAUGCUGUCAACUACAUCUCAACAGUGCUAGCAGACUGGGCUGAUAAUGUUUUCUUUCUACAGCUUCAACAAGCAGCAUUGGAGGUGUUUGCAGAGAGUAAUACCCUCAGUAAAUUGCAGCUGGGACAGCUAGCCUCUAUGGAGAGUUCUGUUUUUGAUGACAUGAUUAACCUCUUAGAGCGUUUAAAGCAUGAUAUGCUGACUCGCCAAGUAGACCAUGUUUUUAGAGAAGUUAAAGAUGCUGCAAAGUUGUAUAAGAAAGAAAGGUGGCUUUCCUUGCCAUCUCAGUCUGAACAGGCAGUGAUGUCCCUGUCCAGUUCAGCCUGCCCACUCUUGCUGACGUUACGAGAUCGUCUCCUUCAGCUGGAGCAGCAGCUUUGCUUCUCCUUAUUCAAGGUUUUCUGGCAGAUGCUGGUAGAGAAGCUGGAUAUGUACAUCUAUCAGGAAGUAAUCCUUGCUAAUCACUUCAAUGAAGGAGGAGCAGCCCAAUUGCAGUUUGAUAUGACUCGGAAUCUUUUCCCUUUGUUUUCUCACUAUUGCAAGAGACCAGAAAACUAUUUUAAACAUGUAAAAGAAGCCUGUAUCAUUCUCAAUUUGAACAUUGGUUCUGCGUUGCUCCUGAAAGAUGUGCUGCAGUCAACUUCUGAGCAGCUCCCUGCCACAGCGGCCCUAAAUGAAGUUGGAAUUUACAAACUGGUUCAGCAGGAUGUUGAAAUUCUGCUUAAUUUGAGGACAAACUGGCCUAACACUGGAAAAUAAUAUAUCUUUGAGAAAAACAGUUGUUUAACAAAAAGGAAGACAGUUGGAUUUGAAGAUCGAUAAAAUUCUGAAUGAAUGAAAUGAACGAAACUGGACAAAUGAAAAUUUUAUAGGGUCAUUUAUUAUUUUGAGUUAUUGUGUUACUAAAAUGAUGACCAUAUUUUCUCAGUCCUCUUGUUCCUAUGAAAAUGAAAACAAAAGACUCAGAAACUAUGAAAAGUCAGAGUAAUUCCAUUACAAAUACAAAUGUUGACUAUGUCUGCUGAAGAAAAUGCAAGUAAAGAUAGUAAAUUAUAACCAA